CGUCGAGAAAUAGUUCAGUUACCCUUAAAACUCCACGAAUAUUGAUUUUCACUAAUAAAUAUUCCAGAAACUCAUUUUGAAAAGUCGAAUUCAAUUCAAAAAUCGAUCGAGUGAUUCUUAUUUUAAUCUGUAAAGUAAUUUCAAUGAUUUGGAUACUUGAAAGCAGUUCAUGAAAAAUCUUCAAAACUAUUUUAUACAUUGAAUAAAAAUCAUCAUCCGGUUAUUCGUUGAUGGAGUUUUUGAGUUGAUCAAAAUAUUGCUUAUUGUCUAUCAAAUUCUUUCCAAUUUACAAGCUUUCUACUUCUAUUGAAUAUUUCAAUGGCGAGAAUGAUAGCAAACUUUAUUCUUGCUGUGAAAUAAAAAUAACAAAAGCCAAAAUAUUGUGAGCACAUCGUUUUUCUAUCAAUAUAUACAAAGAUUUGCGUAGUCUUUUUCGACGAUUCAUCAAAUUAAAAGUUUUUGCUUGUGCACGGAAAGUUUUCACACCAUGAAAGUGCAACACUGGAACGACACUCGAGGACACUCUGCCAACAUGCUCGAAGACAUCGAUGCACCUGUGUUAUUCCUGGGUGGUGCGCGCAGUUAUUGAUCGGGUUAUGCGACUGCGCGAGCAACUUCACUAUUCACGUGUCCCGCUAACGAGGAACCAGCGAGCAAUCAUCAGAAGGAGAGCGAGAGAGCGAGACAGAAUUUUAUGCGGCGUUUCGUCGCCUGAAAGUCGCACAGCAUUAAGAUAAGUUAGUUAGUGGUUAGACACGUGCGUAACUCUGCGAGUUUUGCUCUCUUUCAUCAGAGUGUGAUUGAAUCUGUGAUCGUUUUUUUAAACCGUUGGACUCACGUUCAAGGUUACUGUAUAAGACUGAUUGUGAAAAACCACGCCGAAAGCCAGCCGUGCAGAAAGAGCCUUAAAAGUGCGAUCUAAGGGAUACAAGCACCAAGAGGAGUCACAAUGGUGGACGUGACGUCAGCGCUUCCGUCUAAUGGUAGCGGAUCGCUGAUGUGCAGAACGAGGGGAGCUUUGAAAUCGAUGAAAUCAGCAUUGGGCGGUGGUGGUGAAUAUCUUCAAGGUUUAGGCAACAGAAUUGGUUCGGCGUUGAGCAGCAGCCUCGAGGAAAGUGAUUUGGGGACGUCCUCGACACCUGCGUCUUCGCCGCCACAUCCAUCAUCCUCUUGCGAACUUAAUCAAGAGGAUGACUUGACUUCACGCCGGAAACUCAGGCUUCCUAGAUUCGGGCCAGGAUUUUCCUACGAGGAUUACGAAGCAAUGGCCCGACACAAGCUCGAACGUCAGAGUUCAGCAACUUAUUCGAGGUCGAGAAAAUAUCCACCUGGUAUGACUUAUGAGGAGAUUGCUUCGUCGAGAUCGAAUUCGAUAAGGACAGCAGAACUCAACGUCGAAAAUGAAAUCAGUCCAGACAGAGACAGCAUCGAGAGCAUAGAACCACUGCAGGAGAAAGACAUCAAAGCAACGGGACCGGAUCCUUACGAAAAACUUAACUACAAAGCGGCCAGGGCUGCAGAUCGAUACCAGCCGGUCGUUUGUUCUUUAGAUAUACCCUGCAGUAGCGGAUCUGCUAGCGACCAGGACGGUUACGGACCUAGCACGAGCUUAGAUUCGAAUAUGGAUGGCCGCAGAGCCUGGCAAAGAUCCGGCUCUUCGGGCUCCGUUCAGUCGUGGGCUUCCAGCUUAUCGGCGGACAGUCAAUCCGAAGAAGCAGCUGCCGACUUCAUGAAAUCAUUCGUGCCUCUACUUUUCGAAACUCCGAGCAACAUCGACCAGGAACAGAAAGCUAAUUUUGGGCAAAUGGUUCUCACAGAAUCCGGCAGGAUUUGGUUCGCGAGAGUGGUCAAUGCUAGGAGAGCAGGAUCUUGCGUAUCCGAAGCUUCCUUUUAUUCGUUAGCCCAACAUUUCGCGGUCGCUCUUUUCGAGUGUCACGAAGCCGAUGAUUUCGCACCAGCCAAGAGCCUCAUGAACAUGUGCUUCACAUUCUAUCACGAAGUUGAAGUACCAGGGUUGGAGCCGUACCGCGAAUAUCUGUACACUCACUUGAGAGUCCAACCAAUAUGGACAUCGAUGCGGUUCUGGACAGCAGCCUUUUUCGAUGCUGUGCAAUGCGAGAGAGCUAUGAGGCCUGUGCCACCGAGAUCAAAAUCUCUUGACCAAGAAACCAUAGCGACAGAGGAUCGUAAAUUCCAGGCCAACAUAGUUUUUGGUCAAUUAGGCACGUUUACUUGCAACAUGCACGCAUUUGGUUUGCCACGAAAUCUGUGCUUGGAAUUCCUCAGAAAACAGUGUGUCAUUGCUAAUUUAACAUCAGAACAAGAGAAGAUGUUGAAAGACAACAUCGUGAGGAUGUUUGACGAGACCGAUCCCUGGAGGUAGUAAGACAUAAAUCUGCAAAUUAUCAUCGGAAGUACCGACGUGUCAUGCGAACCUGCAUGAUCCUGGCGAGUCAUCGAGGAUGGUGGGAGAAUUCUUAUUGAAAUUCAACAAUGCGAAAGUGAUGAGACCGAAAUUUUGCAGUGAACGGCUCUAUUACGAAGAAAAUUGGUGGUACAAUUUGCCAUCCUGACGGAAGAGCAGUGUAUUCGGAGAUCGCAUCCGAUGUCAAUAUACAAUUUAGGGUCCGUAUCUUAACCCGUGGACACCACACUCACUACGAGGUCACAGACUCACCAGGCUGGUGCAAAUUUGCAUUUGGACUUUUCAAAACUUUAUUUCAUCCAUGAAUACAUGAAAUUGAUCUUACAACGAGACUUUUUAUGGGUAACGAUUCCUUGGUAAUCGAUUGCAAUCAUUAAAAAAAUUGAAAAAUGAAGUUUUAUUAUAGAGAAAUGGCCGAACUGAGGAAAGGAAUUUUGAAGUUCUAGGCACUUGAAAUUUUGGUGGGAGCACAUUUGCACGAGUGUGGUGUCUACGGGUUAAAAGAAAAACUCAUUAUACCUUCUGCGAGUAAUGUGUAGCAGAAUAAUCAGGUAGAUCGUAAGUACAGACGAAAAUCUACGCUAGGAGGUACGAUUUUCUGAGUCUUCAAUCGAAACAUAUUAACAGAUUCGUAAAAAUGUGUCGAUGAAAUUUGCCCAGGCUGGGGAGCAUUGGCAAGGCGUGCCACGGCGGUGAGCGUCUCCAUCGGACUUGCAUCACCAUUGUCAAUUAUAGAGAUGUCUAUUUGAAAAAAAUAAUAAUUGAAACAUGAAAAAAUGAACUAUCGCAAUGGAAAGAAAACAAAUAAGUAUUAAAAGCUCAAAUAUUCCCAAUGUUUUUCAGUUCACCGAAAUUUAUCAAAUUAAUGUUCCAAUCGAAAUACCGUUUUCAGUUAUUCUGUAAGUUUAUCUGCAGCUAUCAAACUUGGUCGAAAAUCGUCGGUUCUGCGUGGCUUGCCUCAAAGCAAUCGAACAUAUAAUUUUCUUUCGACGAGUCAAAACCUGCAUGAAUGUUCAUACCUUAUUAUUUCUUUAAAAAUUUAACAUUCUUUUCUUGAUUUUUUGAAAAUGUAUGCCCAAGCGUCGAAUCGAUUGAUGAGCCGUGACUUGAAGGUUCAAAAAGUGAACAUUUUCGCAGUAGCUUCGAUCGCAUUCCAGCGAUUUUUGUUGUUGUAAUUGACAGGUUACUCUUCCACCUUUUUUCUGUUGUUACGUUACAAGAGUAACAAUUCCCAAGUGGUCGAGAUGAUAAGUAAUACUGUUAACGUACCGAUAGUCCUAAUCACUCGCAAUUCCUCCUUACCGUAUAGUUCGAGUCCAUGAACCAGUCGAGAAUCGUGGAUUAUUUGUUCCUCCUUCGAAAAUUUCCAAGAAAUACGAUAAUUUAUGCGAAUUAGAAUAUCUUCACCUGCAUUCCAGGAUUAAAUUGAGGUUCUUCAUCAUUAAAAAUCCAUGAAUAUGUGGAUUCACGACCACUAUAAAAUUACGAGCUUCAACAGAACUUUCAGGACGUUCUUCAAACUCUUGGAAAUUCGAAAUUGAAGUUACUCCGACGUAACGGCAAAAUAUUGUUACCCUUUAUGACUUAUGGUAACGAAAUUUACGAAUGAUUGGAGGAGCUUGAAAAAUUUUAUAUGAAAUCGAUGAGAGCGAGAGCGGGAGGAAAGGAAAGCAAAAGAGAGAGAGAAUGAAGAGCGCCUUAAUGCACGACCAGAGAAAAUGUUAUACUAUUUUGUUAACGCUUGUGCAUAGUUUUCAAUAUAGUUGAGGAGAAUUUCGACACGAUCGAAAGUAUAUUCAUAUCAUCCAAAUGUCUACAUAAAGUGUAAUAUUGACAAUAAUAAAUAUAUUUGCAAACGCCA